CUUUGAUUCCAACGAAACGGCGUGAUGGGCGACAAGACGGCGGCGGUGUCGAGCGAUGCGACUCCCCCGCCAGAAUGCGUCCGUGUGGUGGUGCGCGUGCGUCCGUCCAACGAGCGCGAGCGCAAGUUGCAAGCAGCCGACGAGUCGGUGGUGGCCAUUCGUCCGGCGACGGAUCCAGUCGACUUGCCAACGAGGUUGGACGUGAAAUGCGGCCAACCCUCGGUGGUUGACUCGAGCUUCAACUACGACGCCAUUUUUGGGACGAAUGCCAGCCAACAUGACGUAUAUGGGUACAUGCAGUCGUCGGUGGAGCAAGUUGUCCAGGGAUUCAAUUGCACUAUCUUUGCGUACGGCCAAACAGGCACGGGAAAAACACACACGAUGAUGGGCCCCGACUCGUCCCUUCGACAGGGGGACAUGAGUCAGUGGGGCGUCAUUCCACGCGCAGUGGACGGACUCUUCCAGGAGCUCAAGGCGGUUGGCGGGUGUGGCGCAGGAGCGUUUGUGCACUGUUCCUACAUGCAAAUCUACAACAACCAAGUGUUCGACUUGCUGCAGUCGUCGUCGAUGAAAGACCAGCCGCCGCUGCAAGUUCGCGAAAUGAUCAAAGGCCACGCCAAACACAUUUACGUGAGCGGGAUCUCUGAAUUUCGAGUGGGCAACGCCCAAGAAGUGCUGGACUUGCUCCAAGUCGGCAGCAAGAACCGAACGAUUCGAGCUACAGAAUGCAAUGAGAAAAGUAGUCGUAGCCAUGCGCUGCUGCAAUUGUCCAUGGAAGUCGAAUCACGAGGCAACGAGCGCACGACGAUCAUUCGUCGCGCAAAGCUCAACUUGGUGGACCUUGCCGGUUCUGAAAAGUGGGACACGGACGUUGCAAUGACACAAGACCGGACGCGCGAGCUGCGCAACAUCAACGCAAGUCUGUCGGCCCUCGGCAACGUGAUUGCCGCCCUCACAGACAAAAAACGGUCGCAUAUUCCGUAUCGCGACUCGAAACUCACGCGGCUGCUGCAAGAUUCACUAGGGGGCAACACCCGGACGAUUGUAAUCGCGACCAUCUCUCCUUCGGCGGCGGCGGUAGAGGAGACCCUGUCGACUUUGCAGUUUGCCGAACGAGCCAAACAAAUCGCACUCAACGUUCAAGUGAACGAAGUCGUGGACGAUGCCAUAUUACUCGCGCGCGCCCAGCGCGAGAUCCAAAAACUCAAGCUGCAGCUCAAUACUGAACAGCCCAAUGUGUCUGCGAUGGCCCAGCGAAUUCUAUCCCUGGAAGCGCAGCUGGAGCUCUUGCGGGCCGAAAACCAACAGAUCAAGGCGCAACUGGCGGCAAGAACUUCGUCAACGGAUUUUCACCCACGGACAGCACCUGCCACCAACAGCACCGCCCACGACCAAAUGGCGACUUUCUCAGACAGCAGCAUGACCACGUCGCUACCGCCGCCGCGAAGACUACCACUGUCAGCACAAGGUAGAAAUCAAACGGCAAGUCGACCGUCUGGUAAACGUAGUGUCACGGCGCCACGUACCCCGCCGUCCGUCGGUGGCACGAAUCAAGACGAGGGUGAAGUUGUCGUCCCUGACUGGGAACAACAGACCCAGCCGUACUUGGCGCAACUGGAGGACAUUCAGAACGAACGACGUGAGCUAGAAACACAGCUCGAAAAGCUAAAGUUCACGCACGUCCCCGAAGAAGACGACGUGUGCCCCAUGUGCCACCUCGUCAUUGACCACCAUACCGACGCAGAAUUGGACCAGUGCAUCGACCUCGAACGGCGCAUGUCCACCCAACCAACCAGCAAUCCUCACGUGGCCAGAGUCCAAACUAUUUCCGACGGCCACGACGCAACUGCAGCCGACGCCACGAUAUUGCGAUUCGCCGCCCCUCCCCCAGUGUUGAACCAGCCGUCGCUACCGUCUAUUGCAUCAAGACCUGGCAAGUCCUCGUUCGGUGUGGAGCCUCCUACCCCGUAUGAACACCGAGAAGGCAGUUUGAGUUCCCGUGGCUCGAAUAAAGCCCAGACGUUGGUUCCAGUGCCAACCAAACCAAAACCAAAGCGCAAUUCACUACCAUCGAAACUCGUCAAGGCGAAGGUCAACUUAGCCAAGUCGCCAUACAUUGUCAAAGCGGACAAGCCCGACGAAAACCGAAAGGAACCCACGGUGGCUGGGGUUGGCGUGGGCUUGCAAAACGGCGUUCGCGAUAUCGGGCUCAACAUCAGUGUCUACACGUACAGGUAUGACUGCUGGUAUCCGUGCACGAUUGUCGGGUACGACACGAAACGCAAAAUGCACUGCUGUUUGUACGAGUACGGCGACAAGCAGUGGACUGUGUUGCGAGACAAAAAGUUUAAAGUCCUGGGCCGAGACAACGAGACGUCACCCCCUCGACACCCCCCAUCCCCCAGGGGUAAAGUCCCCAGCUCCCCCCACAGCAAAAAUCAGCACAGUUGAUACUUGUGCACUUGACAACGUCGCCACACAUGAGAUGUUUUUUCUACAGUUUGCAGUACACACACUGAAUUCAAGGUGGUAACCCUAACACGACAGGAACAUGUUUGCCUUGGAA